AUGGCGGGGCUGAGCGCCUCGGCUGCCUUUUGGGAGCAUCUCCGCCAGUUGUGCCUGGACCAGUUUCCCUGCGGAAGAGGGAGUUGGAACAAGUCCCGCUUCCCGCCGAGGACAGCGCGGUUUCCCGUGCCCCGCGAGGCCCCGGCCCGCCCCCCCCGCGACCGGCUCGUGCCUGCUGACGAAGAGACGGCCGAGGCGCUAACGGAGUACCUGAGCAGCCUGGGCUCGCCCUGGGCCCCGCCGCCGGACUGCAGCCCCGCCGAGCAGCAGCUGCGGGAGCUGGCGGUGCAGUCCCCGCGGGACAUCCGGCGCGGCUUCAUCUUCUCCUACUUCCGGUCGCUCCGAAUCGUGAACAAAGACGUGACUGAAAUUGACGUGGAUUUGUUAAAGUUUCCCAACCUGGAAGAGCUCAUCCUAAGCGCAAAUCGCAUCAGCAAAAUCAACUCCACCAACCUUCCUCCGACGCUGAAGGUGUUGGAGCUGUGUGGCAACGCCGUGGGCGGCCUGAAAGACCUCUGCGCUCCUCCGCCUCCCCAACUCCAGCACCUGGGCCUGGGCCGCAACGGCCAGCUGGGCUCCUCGGAGGAGCGGUACCUCACGGACGCUUUCUGGCCGAACCUCGUCUCGCUCGACUUGAGCUACAACAACUUCACCCGCCUGCUGAGCCUCCUCUCCAAGCUGCUGACCCUGAAGAAGCUCCGGGUCCUGGUGCUGCAGGGGAACCCCUUCGCCCUGCUGCCCGGCUACCGCGGCUUCACCAUCGACCGCCUGCCCAAGCUCUGCGCCCUGGACGACGUCAUCAUCACGCUGGACGAGAGGCACAACUUCUUUGAGCUGGCGAGCAGCCCGGAGCUGCUCCGGCGUGAUGCUAAAAUGACGGUCGGCAUUGGCCGCCUCCGGGGCGUCCCCUGCCCCCUGGGCCCUGAGGAGCCGGAGGGCAGCCCCGAGGCCCCCGUGGUCACCUACAGCUACUACGUGACCUACGAAUUUGCCAGAGGCGAGAGGAUGGAGGAAAAGGAAGCGGUCAAGGUAGGCAUUUUUGAAAGGCUCCCCUUCCCUUGCCCUUGCGCCUGGAGGGCGGGAGGCCAGGGGUCCCACCACAGCCCAGCCCCAGUUGCGCUGAACGUGGACUCGCCGGCGGUGGCAGCCCCGGAAGAAGGAGGAGGCCACGACCCCGCAGCCACGGACACGGCGCGCCCCUUGGAGCUGCCCCCUGAGAGUGUGAAUAUUCAUUCCACCCUCCGGAAGCCCUGGGCUGAGACCAUAGAGUGUGAAUACAAGAAGGAGCAUUUCACCCGGGACACGGUUGCCUUGAAGGCCUAUCUUCUUGCUGGGACCACUGUGGCAGUUGUAGAGGAAAAGAUCGUCUCGUGGCCCGUCAACGUCACCCCAGACGAAAGCCCAGCCAAGAAAGGGAAAGCAGAGAAAAGGAAAAAGGGCAAAGAGAAAGAGGAGAAGGGAAAAGCAAAAGAUGCUGGAAAGGGUGGGAACAAGAAGAAGAAGAAAUCGCCCUCUCCUGAGCUGCGGAGCGAUCCCCCCAUCUUGAAGACCCUGGGCUCGGUCCAUGUCAGCCUGGAAAGCCUCCUCGCCGGGGAGUCGCUGGUGGAGACCGUCUGCGAUUUUGGCGUACUGGUGACAGAGUUACGCGUUCCGUCCCCAAUGCCGAAAGAAAAGGAGAGUAAAAAGGGGGCAAAAAAGGACAAGAAAUCCAAAGCUGGGGCCGAGAGUGUGGCAAGCCGGAAAACCACGCCAUCUGCCAAAGGAAAGGGGAGGAAGAAGGACUCCCCCGAAGGAGGGGAUCUCCUGCUGAGCCAGCCGGUCCCGCUGACCGUGGAAUUCCAAGUGCAGCACACGAAAUGGAAGUCGGCUUCACAAAUCCUAAUGUAGCCCAAAGCCCUGGAAUUCCUGCUUUGUGG